CCGCCGCCCGCCCGGCGCGCCCUCGCCCGCGGGCCCCCUGAGUGCGGGGCGGCGGCGCCGGGGCGCCCGGGCCGGCUGCCCACGACGCCAAGUUCAGGAGUUGCACUAGUUCGCGGGGCGGCCAUGGAGCAGGAGCUGGGGUCGGAGCCGGCGGCCGAGUCGGCGCUGGAGAAGAACGUGGCCGAGCUGACCGUCAUGGACGUGUACGACAUCGCGUCGCUCGUGGGCCACGAGUUCGAGCGGGUCGUGGACCAGCACGGCUGCGAGGCCAUCGCGCGCCUCAUGCCCAAGGUCGUGCGCGUCCUGGAGAUCCUGGAGGUGCUGGUCAGCCGCCACCACGUCGCGCCCGAGCUGGACGAGCUGCGCCUUGAGCUGGACCGCUUGCGCUUGGAGCGGAUGGACCGCAUCGAGAAGGAGCGCAAACAUCAGAAGGAGCUGGAGCUGGUGGAGGAUGUGUGGCGGGGCGAGGCGCAGGACCUGCUCUCGCAGAUCGCCCAGCUGCAGGAAGAGAACAAGCAGCUCAUGACCAACCUGUCCCACAAGGACAUCAGCUUGUCUGAGGAUGAGUUCCAGAAGCACGAAGGCAUGUCGGAGCGUGAACGGCAGGUGAUGAAGAAGCUGAAGGAGGUGGUGGACAAGCAACGGGACGAGAUCCGUGCCAAGGACCGGGAGCUCGGCCUGAAAAACGAGGAUGUGGAGGCCCUGCAGCAGCAGCAGACCCGGCUGAUGAAGAUUAACCACGACCUGCGGCACCGCGUCACGGUGGUGGAGGCUCAGGGCAAAGCCCUCAUCGAGCAGAAGGUGGAGCUGGAGGCAGACCUGCAGACCAAGGAGCAGGAGAUGGGCAGCCUGCGGGCCGAGCUGGGGCGGCUGCGGGAGAGGCUGCAGGGUGAGCGUGGCCAGGACCAGAAGGAGGAACCCGAGGCAGAGCCCAGCGGGGAGGACUGUGUCUCUGACGCUGAGAAGGCGGCCAUGGACCUCAAGGACCCCAACCGGCCCCGGUUCACGCUGCAGGAACUGCGGGACGUGCUGCACGAGCGGAAUGAGCUCAAGUCCAAGGUGUUCUUGCUGCAGGAGGAGCUGGCCUACUACAAGAGUGAAGAAAUGGAAGAGGAGAACCGGAUACCUCCGCCUCCACCCGCUGCCCACCUGAGGCUGUCCCCCCAGCCGGAGUCGGGGAUCAAGCGGCUGAUCUUUACAGCCAUAAUGCCCAUGGUGGCAGCUGGACUGAUAAUAGAUGACCCCACGCUGCAGCCUGUCCGACGACUGGUCUCCCUUGUUUAGCUUCUUCUCCCGGGACAAGAAGCGGCCGGCCAACACACAGAGGAACGCGCAUAUUCACGAGUCCUUCGGCCAGUGGGCCAGCACCCAGCGUGACGACGGUCACACAGAGCAAGGCCAAGAGGCCCUACAGCACCUGUGACUCCAGGUCCCCCGCUGCCCUGGCACCUGCACGUCAGCACGUGCCCCCCUCAAAACUGACCCCUCAGAUAAACUGCUUUGGGGACCCACGUUGGGAAACUGACACCAAACUCUCCAGGAAUGUUUGUUUCUACCCAGGGCUGUUGCCGUUUAUAACAGAUGACUCUGACCCUCUAGGAUAUGUAUUUAAUAACCCUGUGGACGGAGACCAGACUUUCGCGUUAACUUGGGUAACACAGCUGCUUUAAGCCAAAUACAUGACUUGCCACUGUAACUGCCAUUUGACCUGCUUUGUAUAAAGUUCUGCGUGUUGAGGUUUUAUUA